UGCUCAGAGCCAUCUAUUGAAUUGAAUUGAAUCGCCACCCAUGAAAUAAGCCGUCGUCUGCCACAACAUAACCUUAUUAAGUUCUAAAAUAUGCGUAAACAAUUGGAGAAGAUAUAACUUCUUAAACGAUUUCCCUUAAGUAAGAAUAUUGCACAAUGUCUGAGCAUAACGAAGCAACAACAGAUAAGGAAGUGAUCCCUGAGGAUCCAAAUGCUAUCUCCGAAGAGGACAAACAAUAUUUAUUAGAAUAUGUGCGGGAGACAGAGCAGAGACUGGCGACAAAGGAGGAUAUUCGUGCAGCUAAUUUAAACCCCACAAGACCAUCUGAUGCAUCAUUCAGUAAACUUGACUCCAGUCUCAAGAGGAACACUACAUUUGUGAAGAAAUUAAAAAAUUUCAGUGUGACACAACUUGACACAGUCCUAAAAGAUAUGGCAAAUUUAAACCUGACUAAAUAUGUGAGCGAAGUCGCUACAGCUCUGGUAGAUGCUAAAAUAAAGAUGACUGACGUUGCACCUGCCAUCAGAGUGUGUAGCUUUCUGCAUCAGACAUACGCCGAGUUCUCCACUCAUUUCUUUGAGAAUUGGCAAAGGAUAUUGUCAUUGAAAAUUGGCGACAAGAUCGCGAAUCCUAGCAAGCUGAGAGUAGACCUUCGAUUCUAUGCGGAACUAGUAAAUGCAGGAAUCUUUACACACAAGCAAGGCUUGCCACUGCUAGGCUCUGUGUUGACAGUCUUGAUCAACAUGGACAAGGAGGAGCACAACAACGCCAGCAUAAUAUUGAGCUUCUGCCGACACUGUGGCGAGGAUUAUGCCGGUUUGGUACCUAAGAAAGUACGGGAAUUGUCUGAGAAGUUAACUGUUGCAAUUCCUAAGAGCAAACUGUUGUCGCCCGACAAGCAGCAGAACGUCAGACUAUUGUUGCGGGACUAUUAUAACUCUUUGUGCAAGCACUUGUUGAAGGAGCACAAGGAUCUACAAGCGUUCGAGAAGCAAAAUCGCAAGAUUCUGCAGACUAGAGGUGAAUUGAGCUCGGAAAGGAAAGAGAAGUUGGAAGCUUUGCAGGUAUCUUAUGAACGUUUACUAAGCAGUGUGCAAAGCUUCUCAGAUACUCUGGACGAGCCGAUGCCUGAACUGCCGGUGGACAGCGAGAUGAAAGCAGAGGCGGAAGAAACUCUGAAGAUGAUCAGCGAGGGAGAGGACAGUAACGUGUUGGAGGAUAUGUGGGGAGACGAAGAGACGAGACGCUUCUACGAAGUUUUGCCGGAUCUGACGGUAUUCUUGCCUGGUUCAUAUCUGAAGGAGUCUCCAAAAGCGGACGCACCGAUCACGGAGGAUGCUUUGGACGACGAAAUAGUGUUCGACGAGUUGGAAGAAGCUGAGAAAGUGGAAGAAGCGGAGGCAGAGGUGGAGGAACCGCAGGUGUCAAAUAUCAGCAACAAGAUAAUGUUGGAUGCUUUCUUGACACAUCUACCGAACUGUGUGAAUCGCGAAAUGAUUGACAACGCUGCGGUGCAUUUCCUAAUGAAUCUGAACACGAAGCACAACAAAAAGAAGCUGGUGAAGGCUCUCUUUGGUGUUUCCAGGAUUCGUCUGGACCUCCUACCUUUCUAUUCCCGCUUAGCUGCUAUUCUUUACUCGGUGAUGCCCGACGUCGGGAACGACCUGUGUCAAAUGCUGAAACAGGACUUCAAGUAUCACGUGCGCAAGAAGGAUCAGAUUAACAUCGAGUCGAAGAUCAAAGUGGUCCGUUACAUUGGCGAGCUCGUAAAGUUCAAGCUCUACUCGAAGAUAGAGGCGCUCUACUGUCUGAAAGUGCUGUUGCACGACUUCACACACCACCACAUAGAGAUGGCAUGCAAUUUGCUCGAGAUCUGCGGCAGGUAUCUCUUCUGCUCGCCGGACUCACACCAGAGGACCAAGGUCUACCUGGAGCAAAUGAUGCGCAAGAAGGCGGUCACCGCUCUUGACUCUCGCUACGUCACGAUCAUAGAGAACGCGUACUAUUUCGUGAACCCGCCCGAAUCCACCGGCGGCGUCUCAAAGAAAGACAGACCUCCUAUACAUGAGUUCAUAAGGAAGCUGCUGUAUCAGGACCUCUCCAAGACCAACACCGACAAGGUACUCAGAUGGAUGCGUAAACUCGAUUGGGAAGACGAGAGCGUGUCAUCCUAUGCUAUCAAGUGUCUCACUGCCGCUUACAACGUCAAGUAUCUCAACAUCCGCUGCGUAGGAAGUCUAUUGGCCGGCCUGGUUGGUCAUUACGAGACGAUAGGGCCUCACGUGGUUGACGGGGUGCUCGAGGACAUCCGUCUGUGCAUGGAGGUGAACCUGCCCAAGUUCAACCAACGACGCAUCGCCAUGGUGAAGUAUCUGGGCGAAUUAUACAACUAUCGGAUGGUGGAGAGCGGCGACAUUUUCCGCACCUUGUACUUGCUCAUCACGUUCGGCGUCAGCAUGGAUCACUCGGUGCAGAGCAUGCUCGACCCACCGGAACACCUCUUCCGCAUUCGGCUAGUGUGCACCUUGCUGGAGACUUGCGGCCAAUAUUUCAGCGGCGGCUCCAGCAAGAAGAAGCUCGACUACUUCCUGGUGUUCUUCCAGAAUUAUUACUGGUUCAAGUACACAGACCCCGUCUGGACGAUCGAGAACCCGUUCCCCGUCGGGAUAGACUACAUGUACCGCGAUACCCUGACGAUGCUGCGACCCAAGAUGCAACUGUUCCAGAACUACAAGGAGGCGCAAUGCGCCGUGGACGAAUUGAGGAACACUCUCUACCCAACGCUGGGCAAUCCCGUCGACGACGCGACGACUGACCGGACGGAUAGCGACGACAUGGGCGUUAUCAUGGAGGUCGACGAGGAGGCGGCUGUAACUGGGAACGGCAGCGGGGACGCCAAGGGGAUCGCCGAUCUGCACUUUGAAGAGUCCGAAGAUUGCUCCGAGGCGCAGUCCGAGGAAGAAUGGACGGCCGAUGCGGAACGGGACGACGCUAUGGGCACCCAGGAGAACACCCAAGGCGACCAGAGCUUAUCGGAAGGCGGCACCGAGGGUGUGAUUAUGGAUGUGACGGAAUUGAACGCAGCCUUGCCAGCUGGACCACGACGGGUCAGCUGUCCGGAGGAUGACGACUUUCUGUCCGCACUGGAUAAGAUGGUGUCGGACAACAUACAAGACCGCAUGAGGGACUCGGUGAAGCCACAACAGGUCGACAUUUCGGUGCCGCUGCAUGUGAAGAGCACCAAGAAGACGUACGAGCAGUUGCAGGAGAGACCGACCGACAACACUACCGUGGACUUUGUGCUAAUGUUGAGGAAGGGCAACAAGCAACAGUACAAGAACCUAGCAGUGCCAGUGUCGUCCGAACUGGCCAUGAAUCUCAGGAAUCGCGAGCAGGAGCAGAAGGAGGAGAAGGAACGCGUGAAGAGACUGACUUUGAACAUCACCGAGAGGCAAGAAGAGGAGGACUACCAGGAGACUAUCAACCAGGGCACAAGACCGGUCACCGUGAACUUAAACAGGGAACGGCGGCAGAAGUACAAUCAUCCUAAGGGAGCUCCCGAUGCUGAUCUCAUUUUCGGCCCGAAGAAAAUUCGAUAAAUUCCUUUGAUAUUUCUAGAAAUCAUCAUCUAUACUCCGUUGAGCAAACCCGACGUGUGCGUGUCGAGUGGCGAGACAUCGAACAAUCGCCGGUUUACCGUUCGUUUCUGUGCUUUUUUCUACGUCAUUGAAUUCCCUUGAGGACGGACAAAUGUCACUUCGUGAUAUGCAAAAUGCGUCAUUAUUAGGCGACACGGGUGUAUCAUAUGUACAAAUAAGUUGAUUCAGUGCAUUUAAGCAUGAUCAACUCACUCGUGAGUAAAACUCUGUUUUGGAUAUUACAAUUGAAAUAUAUCGCUCUGAUCGAAACGCGCAGGCGUGAAAAAAAAUGAGUCGGAAGAGCAGGGACUUUUUCGUUAUAACGCACUGCCAGUUUGUUGAUCGCGCGAAUUGAGCCCAUGCGAGGGUUUGCUGCAUCAGAUGCAUUUUAAAUUCGUAGUAGUAACUAGUCGCGUUGACAAACAUAUAUGUAUAUUCUCCAGUCGUAUAGCUACGAUAACCUUCGUGCGUGGCCGAUGUUGUUACUAGGAUUUUGCAUGGACAGAUUUAUCGUCGAUCAUAUCGCCCGAUGUUAUUCGACUACAACAAUAUAUUAUCAGGUUUAUACGCAUUCGAUAUGUUCAUAUUCUACCAGUUUUUCAUUCGACUCUGCAUCACGAAUUUGGUAAGAUAAGACACGAAGGAAACGAGAUACUCUCCUCUCCUCUUCUCGCAAGAAGCAACAGCGAAAUUCGCAGGCUGUGUUCCAUCGGGGGCGGAAAGAAAAAAAACAAAAUAAACGGAAGAGAAAAAAGGGAAGACUCACUCAUAAUUGAUGCACAAUUAUGUAUUUUUAUCUAAGAAAUUAUCAUCAUGUACAAAAUGAAUAUAGAUAAAUGUUUAGAGGUGCUUUUA